GAACUUCCAUGUCGCUCUCCUGGCUUUGAUCGUCACUGUACAUCAGACCAGAGGCACCGAAAGGAGGGAGGAUGCGAGAUGACCAGCCCUUUGGCAACCUGACCAUCUCCUUAGCAGAGCCUUCGAAAGCCAGCGGGGGGCUGACUUCACGGCCGGCUGAGGAGGAGCCGCACCUAUCGUGGAUGUGUGUGUGUGUGUGUGAGCGGGUGAGUGGGUGUGAGUGAGUGAGGGUGUGUGCGUGUAUGUGUGCAUGUGCAUCACGACUGUGUGUGUGCGUGUCGGGAUGAGUGCAUGAGUGCAUGCAUGAGUGUGUUUGUGUGUGUGUGUAUGUGUGUGAGUGAGUGCUGUUGGUUAUUUUUUUUGGAAGAAAAAUCUUGAAAAUCUGGGGCAGGUUACCGUGCUCUGAGGGUGGUGGUUCUUUUGCAAGAGAGCUGACCAGACCAAGCUACUAGAGACAUUUUUUGGCGAGUAAAGAGAAUUUUCCUCCCAGAACGAGAGGGAUUUUUCCCCUGGCUCUGCAGCCAGUAAAAGAGAUCAGCCCCUAAACCUGUGAAAUCGACCAGAGCUGUGUGAUUAUCAGGGCUUGAGAGAGGACUCGGGAAGAAAAGGAGAAAUAAAUCAAACAGCUUGUCAGUGCCUUUGGCCACAUUGGAAGAUGUCAUCUCAAACUAAGUUCAAGAAAGACAAAGAGAUCAUUGCCGAAUACGAAGCCCAAAUAAAAGAGAUCCGCACGCAGCUGGUGGAGCAGUUCAAAUGCCUAGAGCAGCAAUCCGAGUCCCGGCUGCAGCUGCUGCAGGACCUCCAAGAGUUCUUCCGCCGGAAGGCUGAGAUCGAGCUCGAGUACUCCCGCAGCCUGGAGAAGCUGGCCGAGCGCUUCUCCUCCAAGAUCCGCAGCUCCCGGGAGCACCAGUUCAAGAAGGACCAGUACCUCCUCUCGCCCGUGAACUGUUGGUAUCUGGUCCUGCAUCAGACCAGGCGGGAGAGCCGAGACCAUGCCACACUCAAUGACAUCUUCAUGAACAAUGUCAUCGUCCGCCUCUCCCAGAUCAGCGAGGAUGUCAUCAGACUCUUCAAAAAGAGCAAGGAGAUUGGCCUGCAGAUGCACGAAGAGCUCCUGAAGGUCACCAAUGAGCUCUACACAGUCAUGAAAACCUACCACAUGUACCACGCGGAGAGCAUCAGUGCGGAAAGCAAGCUGAAGGAGGCCGAGAAGCAGGAGGAGAAGCAGUUCAAUAAAUCGGGAGACCUUAGCAUGAACCUGCUCCGGCACGAGGACCGGCCCCAGCGCCGCAGCUCCGUGAAGAAGAUUGAGAAGAUGAAGGAGAAGAGGCAGGCAAAGUAUUCUGAGAACAAGCUGAAAUGCACGAAGGCCCGGAAUGACUACUUGCUGAACCUGGCGGCCACCAAUGCAGCUAUAAGCAAAUACUACAUCCACGAUGUCUCCGACCUAAUCGACUGCUGUGACUUGGGCUUCCACGCCAGCCUGGCCCGCACCUUCCGGACCUACCUCUCUGCUGAGUACAACCUGGAGACCUCUCGCCACGAGGGGCUGGACGUCAUCGAGAACGCAGUGGACAACCUGGAUUCCCGAAGUGACAAGCACACCGUCAUGGACAUGUGCAACCAGGUCUUCUGUCCUCCACUCAAGUUUGAGUUCCAGCCCCACAUGGGGGAUGAGGUGUGCCAGGUGAGCGCUCAGCAGCCCGUCCAGACAGAAUUACUCAUGCGGUACCACCAGCUGCAGUCCAGACUGGCCACUCUCAAGAUAGAGAAUGAGGAGGUGAGAAAAACCCUGGAUGCCACCAUGCAGACCUUACAGGACAUGCUGACCGUGGAGGACUUUGACGUCUCCGACGCCUUCCAACACAGUCGGUCCACAGAGUCUGUCAAGUCGGCCGCCUCUGAGACCUACAUGAGCAAGAUCAACAUCGCCAAAAGGAGAGCCAACCAGCAGGAAACAGAAAUGUUUUAUUUUACAAAAUUUAAAGAGUAUGUGAACGGCAGUAACCUCAUCACUAAGCUGCAGGCCAAGCAUGACUUACUCAAGCAGACCCUGGGCGAAGGGGAGAGAGCAGAAUGUGGCACAACCAGGCCCCCCUGUCUUCCCCCUAAACCACAGAAAAUGAGGAGACCUAGGCCUCUCUCAGUGUGUAGCCAUAAACUAUUUAACGGCUGUAUGGAAGCGUUCAUUAAGGAUUCAGGACAAGCUAUCCCGCUUGUAGUUGAGAGCUGCAUCCGAUACAUCAAUUUAUACGGACUCCAGCAGCAAGGGAUCUUCCGUGUGCCGGGAUCUCAGGUCGAAGUCAAUGACAUCAAAAAUUCCUUUGAGAGAGGGGAAGACCCCCUUGUGGAUGAUCAAAAUGAGCGAGAUAUCAAUUCAGUCGCUGGUGUUUUAAAACUGUAUUUCCGAGGACUGGAAAACCCACUCUUUCCUAAGGAAAGGUUUCAAGAUUUGAUAUCUACUAUUAAACUGGAGAACCCAGCUGAGAGGGUGCACCAGAUCCAACAGAUCCUCGUCACCCUUCCCCGCGUGGUCAUCGUGGUCAUGAGAUACCUCUUCGCUUUCCUCAACCACCUCUCACAGUAUAGCGACGAGAACAUGAUGGAUCCCUACAACCUGGCCAUCUGCUUCGGGCCCACCCUCAUGCACAUCCCUGAUGGGCAGGACCCUGUGUCCUGCCAGGCACACGUCAACGAAGUCAUCAAAACCAUCAUCAUUCAUCAUGAAGCCAUCUUCCCCAGCCCUCGGGAGCUAGAGGGACCCGUGUAUGAAAAAUGCAUGGCUGGAGGGGAAGAAUAUUGUGACAGCCCACACAGCGAGCCAGGGACCAUUGAUGAAGUUGACCACGACAAUGGCACCGAGCCUCACACCAGUGACGAAGAAGUGGAGCAGAUCGAGGCCAUCGCCAAGUUUGACUACGUGGGGCGGUCCCCCCGUGAGCUGUCCUUCAAGAAGGGGGCCUCACUGCUACUGUACCACCGUGCCUCAGAGGACUGGUGGGAGGGUCGUCACAACGGCGUGGAUGGACUCAUCCCACAUCAGUACAUAGUCGUACAGGACAUGGACGACGCCUUCUCGGACAGCCUGAGCCAAAAGGCUGACAGCGAAGCCAGCAGUGGGCCUCUGCUGGAUGACAAGGCCUCCUCCAAAAACGACCUCCAGUCCCCCACGGAGCACAUCUCGGAUUACGGCUUUGGGGGGGUGAUGGGCCGAGUGCGGUUACGAUCCGAUGGAGCGGCCAUCCCCAGGCGCCGAAGCGGGGGCGACACGCACAGCCCGCCCCGGGGCCUGGGCCCCAGCAUAGACACGCCGCCCCGGGCUGCCGCCUGCCCCAGCAGCCCCCACAAAAUUCCCCUCACCCGGGGGAGGAUCGAGAGCCCCGAGAAGCGGAGGAUGGCGACGUUCGGGAGCGCCGGCAGCAUCAACUACCCUGACAAGAAGGCGCUCUCCGAAGGGCACUCGAUGAGGUCAACGUGCGGCUCCACCAGGCACAGCAGCCUGGGGGACCACAAGUCCCUGGAGGCUGAGGCCCUGGCAGAAGACAUCGAGAAGACCAUGAGCACGGCUCUGCAUGAGCUGCGGGAACUCGAGAGGCAGAACACAGUCAAGCAGGCGCCAGAUGUGGUGCUGGACACCCUGGAGCCCCUGAAGAACCCGCCAGGCCCCAUCAGCUCAGAGCCCGCCAGCCCCCUGCACACCAUUGUCAUCCGCGACCCCGACGCCGCCAUGCGCCGCAGCAGCAGCUCCUCCACCGAAAUGAUGACCACCUUCAAGCCAGCCCUGUCUGCCCGCCUGGCCAGCGCCCAGCUGCGCCCACCCCCCAUGCGGCCGGUGCGGCCUGUGGUCCAGCAUCGGUCCAGCAGCAGCAGCAGCUCGGGUGUGGGCAGCCCAGCUGUGACGCCCACCGAGAAGAUGUUCCCCAACAGCUCAGCUGACAAGUCAGGUACCAUGUGACCUGCAGGAUGGGGCGGCACCGCCCUGCCCACUGUGGCACGCCAUGGCCAAGGGUGGCCUCUGUGACCUCAGUGAACGUCCUUCCCAGUGCUCCAGGCCUUGUCAGGCAGGGACCAGAAGGCCAGCCUGGGAGCGUGUGAGUGCAGAGCUGAGGCCCGGGCACCAGCCGCAGCUCACGUUCAGCCAUGUGAAUCCCACAGAGCUCGAGUGUAAACAGACGCCCAGAGGAGCACAGGAGCGAGCGGCCCCAACCAGAGCAGUGCCUAAGAUUGUGGCAAAAUGUUAAAUGGCUUCGCCCACACAUCAUCACUGGAAAAUUCUCUCGACAUUCUCUCUACAUACAUAAAUACGUGUGUAUAUAUAUAUGUGUGUGUGCAUAUAUACACGUACAUAUGUAUGUAUGUGUCUGUAGGUGUGUGUAUAUAUAUAUUUAUGCAUCUAUAUACAUAUACUAGAUCUGGACACACAUACUAAAUGUAUAUAGGAUCUCCUUUUUCUUUUUAUGAAACUUAGAUUUACCUCAGACCCAUGCCACCAAACAUCUCCCGCUGAGUUAUUUGGUGGGCUUUGCAGGGACUUUUCUGGGAGAAUUUAGAGGCCCACAGUAACGGCAAAUGAAGCAAUAUACCACUAACCUGCAGAAAAACAAAAACAAAAACAGUCUCCCACUGUCUCCAGAAGUCGUGGCCUUCCAGGACAGUCUGCCCCUAAAGGAAGGGUGGGGCAGGCGGUACCCCAAGCAGGCUGCUCCUAGAGGUGGGGAACCCUUCACAGAACCCCCCCACCCUGUCCACCCCAGAGACCCUGCCUUUCCACCCAGAGGCCAAGGGCCAACUGUACCCCCCAAAGGCAUGGGAGGACAUUGGUGAGAAGACCCCUGACCACAGCAUCCUUGUGUUUGUACAUGGAAAAAGGGGAUAGUGACAACCUAAGCCCCAUCGUAGCACAGUAUUAUGUGUGGUUGGGAAAAAGGAAAAAACAACACAGUGGUGUGGAACACUUCAGAACGUAGAAAUGCUGUAGGAAUAAAUCUGUGGUAACUAUAGAGGUUUAACCUAUACCAUUUUCAAAAUAUUUAAUUUUUUCUUUUCCUCUUUCUACUAAUUAUACUGUGUCAGAUUUGGAACUAAACAGGCAAGGAGGCUUUGAGUCACAUCAUUUUAAUUUAAAAUCAGGCCAUGACGCGCUUGGCUGGCGCCCUCUUGCAUGAAGCGCACGAGCCUUAAGUGCCCAGCUUAGGCCAGGGGCCCAGGAGGGGCGACCCUCGGCACUUUCUGUCCUAGAGAACACUUCAGUUGAGUUUAUGCAAGUGAAAUAGCUUCCCUCUCUCCCUUCCCUUCCCUUUCACCCACCUCCUCCAGAGCAUUUAAUGUAAUUGAAAAUAUGGUGAUAGAAUUGGGGUGCAUGAUCUUCAAGUAUUAUGAGCUAGGCUUUUGCCUCUUGGCUGGGAAAAGGCCUUCUGGAACUCUUGUUCGAUUCCAUUUUACUUCCUCUUUUGAUCUCUUCAUUUUCCAGAGAUGGGCUAUUUCUGGAUAAUGGAACACAGGAGAAUCAGAUUCUAACAGGACCACCUUUACUCACCCCCUCAUGCCAAGCCAAGGGUUUCCUCCCUAUUGUUCUCAAGCUUCAUCUCUUUCUUUCUCUUGAGGCCUCUGAGUGUGUCUCCAUGGCUGUGGUUUGGAGUCAGAAGUUCUGUGUCUGAGUCCCAGUCCCCCUCACGCAGGUGCUGUGGGACUUUGGCCAUGUCAUUCCACCUCACUGAGCCUCAGUGUCCUGCUCCAUAAAAUGACGAUAAUAAAGAUAAAAUCUAAGUGUGUGAGCUGUGUAAACUGGAAAGCAGUGUGCCCACACUGUUGUUCUUUUUAUUAGUAGUAAAGUAAGUCUUUUAGAUCAAAAUCCAUCCAGGACCUUACUUUUGAAAUUUCCUAAUGGCAUUUGAGAAGUGAGCAGUGGAAUUUUCCUACCAGCUUCAUAAGAGCCCUGAAACCUGGCCCUACAGAUACAUCAUCUAUUGAUGCUUGAAAUUCCAUCAUUACCAUUUCAACCCAUUGAAUUAAGUUUUGUCCUCUCCUCUGGUAAUCUGUAAAAAGGUAAACAUACCCCAGAGGGAGGGACCUAUUAAGUCACUAAUACCUGGGUGUGUAGCAGUGGUGAGCCAUUCUGCCUCCUCUGAAGGACUGGCAUUGAGAGCACACAGCAGAAGGAAGGACCAAGAAAGGGCACAGAAAGAGAAUGCCAGGGAGAGGCCAAUGACAAACUUGACCUUACUUGUUUUGCCUAGAACCACCGU